AUGCCUUAUCAACCGCCUCCAUUCUUUGGCACAUGGGAGAAUCCUGUUGGAAAUGGGAUGAGUUAAAAAAAGGCUUGAGGGUUUGUUACUAGGAAAAAACAGCCCAUUCAACGGAAUUCCACUCUUAGGAACAAUCCUGUAAAACCUCCAUUCAAAAAUAUACCACUAUCCAACUUGAUCUUACAAAUUGGUGUAAUUAUCUGGACAUUAAAAUAAAGGGUAUCUUUAGCAGAAACACGCAUAUGCCAAAUCAACGUAGCCCAUGUAUUAUCAAUCUUGAUGAUCGUCAAUCUCAGGGAACACAUUGGGUAGCAUGUGCACCAUCACAUGAGAAUAGAAAGAUUUUAUGGUAUUUUGAUUCAUUCGGUAUGUACUAUCCUAAGGAAUAUGAAAAUAGAGCCAAAAAGGAUGGUAUGAAAGUGAUUUACAAUACAGUUCCAUAUCAACAUAUCAAAAGUGUUUUAUGCGGUUAUUACUGCAUUUAUUUCCUACACAGAUGGUCACUUGGAGAGGACUAUUAUGACAUUCUGCAAAGGUUCAGUAUCAAUGAUGCCAAUUACAAUGAGCGGUUUAUAGAAAAAUAUUUUAAAUUAAUAUAAUCCAUAUCUAUAGAAUGUCAGAAAAAUUAUGUGUAUAUUGCCAAGAAGUCACUCCUCAUUAUGUGAAUGAAUAUGGAUGUUUUGAGUGCUGUAACUGCGAACCACUAAGUUGCAGUGAGUAUGAGUCGGAUAGCUCAAGUGGAGACCCCACUUAUGUGCCUGGUAGUAAAUCAGUUAGUGAUUAAAUGAUAUUUGUUCCCUCCAUUCAGUGAUUAGAAGACAUGUACCGGGAAAGCUACCCCGUAAACUGUACGGGUCAGGGGCCCGUUGAUCGAACGUCCCGAUAAUUAACGGGCCCGGUAAGCUGUCUCCGUUUACAUUAAAGAUUGAGGUUUUAAUAGUUUUGCAUCUAACAUGAUAAAACUAUCAGUUAAUGAAACAAAAUGGAGUAGUUUGCCAGCCAGGACCGGCGCUCCUAUUAUUUAUAUUUCGAUUUAAAUAUUUGAUUUCGGGCCCGAAAAGUUACCGGGACUUUGGAGAAACGGGCCUAAGGUCUAAGACCAUUUUUAGCGGAGCUCCACGCGCGCGCUUCGCGCGCGCGUGGGUGGAGCCCCAUACCUAAGGAAAUCUACCCAUCCCAGAAAAUUUGGUAAUCACGUGACCGUACACCGACCGCAGACCGUCCGUCCGCACUCGCGGACCAAGGACCGCUGAGCGAAAUUUGGUGAUAUUUUUCAAGAGUCGAUAAAACAAAAAAUUCAUAGUCUACAGCAAUAUGCUUCCAACAGCAGAAAUAAGUUGAUCUGAAAACCUGUUCUGCAAAAAGGCACGUCUUCCCGUUGCGUUUUAUUUAUUCGCGGGCUAAGUAAACAUGAACAUAUAAUUUACGGUGCCGCAAAAAUCCAAACUUCAAGAAAGACAAAUUAACCUACCUGUCAACAAACUUUAAUUUCGCGUUUUCACCCACAGCAAGAAAGCCGAACCUUCGUCAUAUGAAAGAAUUCUAAUCAGUAAAUCACGAUAUGUUUCAUUAUUCAACGUAUUUUUUUUCUCGACGAAAUAUUUCAUCAUUUUCGGAAAAGUCGCGGACCAAGGGCAUCGCGGACUUGCGCGGACCAAGGACCACAUACCGUACGCUUAAAGGCUCAGAAUUUAUUAGAGACACUUUAAUGCUUGUCUUCGUGAAUGAAAAUUGUUGUCUCUGUAAAUGUUUCACAGUAGUAGUUAGUAGUAUCUCUUGCAAUUUUAAUCGCUUGUCCGUGCCGUUUGUUUUCAUCGUUCAUGAACAUCGCUUGCAGGAGUACUCAAAAAUGUCGCGCGUAUCAAACGCUUGAUAAGAUUACACAUCGUUAUAACUGAAACCAUUAAAUAACAAAAAAAAAAUAAAUUCGCUAUUAUGUUGAAGCGUAACUCUAUUAAAGUUCAUUCAAACACUCGACCACACUGACAGUUCGCACUAUAGAAACGAGAACCAGCUGGCCGUAUGGGUGAUUUUGGAAAUUUUGUGAGUGCAAUUUGUCUUGAAAAAUUGUGAAUACCGUAUUCUGUCCGAGGUCUGUAUGAUCAAUAGUACUGUUUCACCUCAAAUGUGAUGUAUAAAAAUUAUAAAAGGUCGGUUUAAACACCCCCAGAUUUGUUGGCAAGAAUUUGUAAAGUAAACCUGUUGAACGUCAAAAAAUUGGGCGUGAUUUGUUUUCCAAGAAUUUGUUUUCGAGGCCGCCUAAUCUACUGUGAUCUUGAAUGUGAUCGAAGAUGUUUGCUAUUUUUUGGGUGUACAUAUAAGGUUGUCAAUUCGAUGUAAGAUGUUUCACUCUAAAAUAACUUAGCCUUUCCCACAAAAGUCACAUGAAUGUGCCCUUAAGUUAACUGAAUUGUGGAUUAAAAGUUUAUUGUUUGAUUUAAAUUAUAAAUUUAUCAAUUGGAGCUUCGCUUUUAGCCCUGGCUAAAUCUAUAUAUUAUAUAACAUGUAGUAUAUACAAGAAUGGUGAAAUCUUAUCGUGUAAAACAGAAGAAACAGACCGAAGGCGUGCCUGGUUCUGAAAAAAUUGUUACAGCCAAGAAGGUAGAAGGAUGAUGAAAUGUAAAUGUGCCGAAUGCGGGAUUACAAAAGUUAAGUUCGUGAAGGGAAACUAAUUUAGCCCUCUCAAGCAGGGGGCGAUUUAUUUGACACUGCUGUUGGUACCGCUACUGAUCUAUUUGUGCAUCAUGCCCUUCCAUGGAUGGGAAAAAGGCAGUUGAAAUGGGAAGAUAUUAUGGUUCCGAGACUCUAAGAAACAAAAAUCUCCAGAAGGAAGCUGUAAAUUAUGGACUCCAAUGAUAGAAGAUGCUGGGGGAAAGGCUCUUGAUGAAUUAUCAACAAAGAUUAGGCCAAACAAAAGAUAUAAAACUGAAAGAAAAGAUUUGGAUGACGGAUCUAUGCAAUUAUUAGCCACCAAACUACAUAAUAUUUUAACAGACCCCAAAAAUAUCAACAGGAUCUGGCCAAAUAUGCAUGGGAACAAGCCCAAAUAUUUGGAUAUGGGGGAACAUUGGGGCAAUUUUCAUCGACACUCGGUUUAGGACAUAUUUUUCAACAAGGAUCUGGCAUCCUAGAUAAGGCUCAAGAUAAGCUUACAAAAAGUGGUGUAGCAGGUUCGCCAUGGCAUGUGAAUUUUAAAAAAGGCAUAGAAUUGUUUAAAGACCCUGAUUUAUGGAAAAUUCCCUCCAAAAAAUAAGAAACAGACAUGAAAAAGCGUGUGGAUGCGUUAAAAAGAUCCUAUGAUGCAGUAAAAAAAUUGGGUUUCAAAGGAUCGUACACUAGUUUUGCAAAAAAGAUUGGAGCUGUUCAUAAACCCGCUUUUACAUUUCCAGGAUUUGGAAGUGGAAUAGAUAUUCAAAAAAAUUUAUCAAAACUUGAAGAAUUGCAUAUGAGAACACCAACUUUAAAAAAAUAUAAUUAUUGUGGUCCAGGAACAAGGUUAAACCAUGCGGAUCCCAAAGUACGGAACCUAUCAACAAAUUAGACGCUGUCUGUCAGAGGCAUGAUAUCAAGUACAGUCAAGCCAAAAGUUUAAAAGACAAAACAUAAACCUGAUGACGAGAUGCUUGAUGAAAUCUCAAAAAUACCGUACAAAGGUCGUCCAUGGGAUACUACAGCUGUUCAGGGUAUUAUUAAAGCUAAAAGAAAACUUGGUUCGGGUUUAGACUAAAAAAGCCGUCGAGUGAAGAAAUACGUUGGGAACAGCAAUUAGCAGAUGAAUUACAUACGCCCAUAAAGCGUAAUUUUACUCGGCGGCGUGUUAUUGUAAACGGUAUCGACAAAAUUUGAUGCUCUAAUCUGGUUGAAUUGCAACAAUUCAGUAAAUUGAACAAGGGUUAUAGAUAUCUUUUCAUGGUAAUGGACCUGUUCUCCAAAUAUGGCUGGAUUGUCCCUGCAUUGAAGGAUGAAAAAGGAGAAAUUGUCACAGAAGCAUUCAAAACCAUCUUCAAAGAGGGCCGAAAGCCGCAAUAUCUGUGGACUGAUAAGGGGCAAGAGUAUUAUAACAAACACAUGAAGUUAAGGAAUCUUUUGGAAAAAGAUAACAUACCACUAUACUCAACCAAAAAUGAGGAAAAACCUAAUGUUUGUGAAAGAUGGAAGCGUACAAUCAAAACCAAGAUGUGGAAGCAGCUCACUGUCCAAGGCAAUACCCAAUAUCUCAGUGUACUACCAAAAAUACUGGAGCAGUAUAAUAAUACUAAGCACAGUUCCAUUAAAAUGACACCUGUAGAAGCCAGUAAAAAAAGAAUGAAAGUGCCGUGUAUUUUAAUCUAUAUGGUUUUUUUUUGUGCAAUUGUCAUCUAAGCCCAAAUUCAAGGUUGGUGAUAAAGUCAGUAUAAGUAAAUACAAAAGAAAGGUGUUUGAUAAAGGCUACACACCUAAUUGGACUGAAGAGAUAUUCCUGAUUAAUAAAAUUCAAUCCACAAAUCCAAUCGCCUACAGAAUAAAGGAUCUCAACAACGAGGAGAUACAAGGGAGCUUUUAUGAACCGGAAUUACUGAAGGUAACACAAGAUAUAUUCCGCAUUGAUAAAGUCAUUCGGAGGGAUUAUAAGAAGAAACAAGCUCUUGUGAAAUGGUUGGGUUAUAGUGACGACUUCAAUUCCUGGGUUCCACUAAAGGAUUUACAAGAUUUAUCUAACUAAUAGUAUAAAUGGAAGAUCAUAUAAGAAAGUUGAACAUCAAAAUCCGUAAUAAGGAAACCGAGCUGAAUGGACUAUUCACUAAAAUCCAAAAUUUGAAAAAGAGACAUCACGGCACAAAAAACUAGUCUCCAAAAAACUGGGAACAGUGGAGAUGUUAUUAACAGGCGUCCUAGGAGUGAUCUUUGAAGUUGAUGAGGACAAAAAUAAGAACUAGAAGGGAUAUAAAGAAAUUAUUUAAUGUGUGUAUAAUGGUGUAUAUGUUGGAAAAAUUGUUCCAUAAUGCAGACUUGGAUAUAGAUCUAACUUCAUUCAUUGAUAAUAAACAAAAUGUAUGGUUUAAGGGUAAAGAUGUUGCCCUGAUCCUCGGAUAUAUACUCGUGAUGCUAUUAAGAGACAUGUAUCUGAAAAUCAUAAUAUAAAACAGCUCUCGCGAAACACGACGGUGGUCUGAGACCUAUUUCAUUGAUGAAGCUGGAUUUUAUGAACUUGUUUUUGGUUCAAAAUUGAAGACAGCAAAAAAAAUCCGUGAUUGGGUAUUUACACAAGUACUCCCAUCCAUCAGAAAACAUGGGCAGUACAAACUGUUUGACAAUCCCAAUAACCACAUGUUUAAGUUUGAAAAUGAGUUUGAUCUUCACACCAAAGUUGUGGAAUAUAUUAGGCGAUUUUACCCU